AAGUUUGUCAUUGUAAAUUUAAGGUUAUAUAUUUUCUUGAAAUAACACCAUGAAAAUAUUUUCGUACGCCAUUAUUUUAUGGUUCGUUGUAUUUGCUUGCGCAACGGCAGAUGGCGAUGACGACGAAUGUGAACUACCGCCCGCGCAACAAGAUAUCGACUGGAGCAAGAUGACAGGAGUGUGGUACGAAAUUUUGAAUGUUAGAACUCCUUCAGACGAACUUGUGCCAUGUUUCCAAAUUCGAGAUAUUCGAUCAACAAGUAAUGGAAUAUCCUAUAUGUUUAAAGACACUGGAAGGAACACAAAUGUAACCAUCGAUGCAAUAAAACAAAAUUCUGGUGGAUUCGUUUAUAAUCAAGAGCAUGUUGGAAACUGGAUGAAGUACCUAAAAGACGAAAUCAAACCAAGUCAGGAACCAAGUCCCGAGUUACUGGAAGAAAGCUUGGAUACUUUCUUUGACGAGUUCCGUUACUUCACCGACUACGAAAACUAUGCAAUAUCUUUGCUUUGCACUAAAAAAGGAAAGAAACUUUACUGGAUUGCAAGCCGUACAAACAGCCCUAACGCAAUAACAAUUCUCAAGAUUUUCAAUAAACUCAUUAAAGUCAAGAAAGGAUGGAACAACGUCCCGUUGUAUUUUUCUGGAUGUGUAGACUUCGAAAAUAAUGAGUAGCGAUGUAGCGGUAUCCAUUUGAAGAAUAUUAAAAUGAUAAUUUUGUGUUUAGUUAUGAGAAAGUAUAAACAAGAUAAGCAGAUAAGCUCGUAAAUAAAAUGAAUCUGUGUGUAAAACUUGUGUUGCAAAUUGUCUACCAAGUCCUAAAGAUAGAUCAGAAAUAACAAUAAGACAGCCUUGUUUUAUGCUUUGCCUUUGACAUCAUUAACAGUUAGCUGACCAAUUCAGUUCAGUACUGUCAGUGUUUUCACUGAAAUUCCCAGCCCUACUUUAUGGCAAGGAUUCAAAUAUAUAUGACUGCAGACGAUAAAACAGACAUUGUAACCAAUUAAGCUUUUUGUUAAGUUAUAAAUUUUUUUCACAGUCAAAUAUUUUCUGGCGGUGCAUUUUUCAAUACAUGCCUCCAACUGUGAUUGGAUAGAGUCAUAGAGUCAUUGUUUAGUUCGACUGCUGUUAAAAAGUUCAAAUAGCUUAUCACAACUCUCUUAUUGACUAGUGAUGGCUGCUACUUAUUCUGUUCAAUAUUCUACAAUGAAGGAAUGUGUAGCAAACGGCCCGAAUAUAAAAGUUCACGAUUCACUGAAAAUUGAAUAUAAAAAUGAUAUAUCUCAUUCAGAUAAUAGCAAUAAAAACUACAACGAGUCGAAAA